AAAAACACAGUGCUGCCAGAGAAGCUCAAGACUGGAGCCAGUGAAGCAACAGGAAGCAAGACACUUCAUCGCUUGGAGCUCAACUCACUCAAACUUGCGGAAAGUCACUAAGGGAUGGGAGCUUUCCUACUUACUCGCAGACCACUAACUGUCAUGUGGACCUACCUUCAUCAAUGGCAUUAUCUUGGCUAUUAAGAAACGUGAGAAGAAGACCGCUCUCGCUAGAGUCAAUUAUCUGGGCGGAAUUAUCAGGACAAAAUGUGAAGAAACAUUCUGCAGGAUAGAAGAGAUACUGUCAGGAAAGAUGAACCCAGAAUCCCUGGACUCGUCCAUCCAGAGCGCCCUGUCGGCUCUGUUCCCGCCCUUUGAGGUCACAGCGCCCACCGUCCUCAGUCAGCUGUUCAGGACCAUCGAGGAGCGUUUCCACGGUGACGCACUGCACUGCUUGCUGGACUUCCUCAUCCCGUCCAAACACCUCUUGGAGAGUGUGCAGCAGGCGGCGUGUGCUGCAUACUCGGAUGUGCUGUUCCGUUGUGAGGGCUGGCCCCUGUGCCUCCGUGACAGGACCGUGAUCCAGCUGGCCCCCCUCAACCCUCUCCUGCUGCGCCCCGGAGACUUCUACCUGCAGGUGGAGCCCUUUGGCGAACAGGCUGCCCGCAUUGUCCUCAAGAGUCUCCUGGAGGAGGGCUGCUACGAGGUGGAGGAGACCCCCAUCCCCGACACCACUUACCCCUAUAUCUUUACCCUUGAUUGGCUGAAGGAGGUGAACGACGGACGCCAUGGCACCCCGCUGUCCCACUGCCUGCUUUCCACCGACCAGGGAGUGAUGAAGGUGCCCUGGGCGCAAGUGGCAAUCCCCGAGUUUCUGGUCAAGCACAAGACCAUGACUACAUCAAGUGUUAUCCGGGACGUUCCGUUUGAGUCACGGCAGUUGCAGAUUCCAUCCUCUUCCGACUCUACCGCUUCCGCCCUUUCUCUGGAGACCAUGAUCCUUCCUGCCAGGGACGGGAUAUCUGUGUCCUUGCGACUCAUGGACGGUACCUCGAAACUAAUCAAGGGUGACCAUGAGAAAUCUGUCACCAAACCGCAUGCCAAACCACUAGUCAAGCCUGUGGGCUGGGUGUCGCCCAAUACCUGGGACACCAGCUGGAACUACUGCGAGAUUGAAGGUGACUAUGUGGAUUUAGUGGAGUUCUCCAAGGAGAAAGAGUCUCCUGCGGGACGCAGUAGGACUCCCAAACCUUCAAAUCCUCCCCCUUUGUUCAAACCGGUCAGGCCCCCUCCUCCUAUACCACUUGGGAGUAGCACCUCCUGUGGGUGCACCCUCAGGUUUUCAGAGGAGCCUUGCACACCAUGCAGCCAGAGGGGGCUAGGGCAGGAGCCUAGUGGGCAUGAACUAAAGUGCAGGUACAGGGACUCUUACCUAGCAGCCCUGCGCAACCCAGUUCCCUUUGAGAGGGGGAGCGUAGGACUGCUAGCUGCUCUGGAGGAGUCCGGCCCCUGCGGAGGGGAGGAGCCUGGCUUCGAGGGUCACGCCAGAGGUCUGGGUCAGGAUCACUGGGAGUGCUGUAACCACUAUAAGGAGCCUAUUGUAGGUCACGAGCCACACCAACAUGGGCACUUUGCUAAGGAAUCCCCAAACCUAAAUCACAUACCACACAAAUCUAUCAAACCUGCCAUAACUCACAAACCAGGAAAACAUACUAAAGAACCUCAAGUCAUUCAUAAACUCUGCCAAGUGGAACCCCAUAAUCAGGAACUUCAAACAAACCACAAAGCCCAUCAAACAGGACCUGACUCAAUGCUAAUGUUACCUCCGGUGGGCCAUCACCAGGGCGUGGUUGAUGCCUUUGACUGUGACUUCACCUCCAAGCCAGUUUGGAACCCGGAGGCAGUGAAAACCAUUGGUAAACACAAGGCCAAGCCCAGGGCAUUCUCCACUGUGUCCGAGACUGCCAGAGGAAGUCCUCUGGUCCAUAAACUGAACAACAGGAGCCACAGUGACAUCUGUCCAGAGAUGACCCCCGUCUGUGUCCAGGUGGUGCAGUGUAAGAAAAUCAAUGCCUUCGGCCUGGUAUCCCCCAAGCUGGAGAGGCGGCAGUCUGCAAAGAAUGCUCAAGAUCCCUCGCCUGGCAAAGUUGAAACGCAGGCUACUGCACCCUCCAUCGGACCUGACACCACACUCCAGAGUCCAAAGACCAAGCCCUCAGCUCCCCCAAUCCCACCCCCCUCCCCCAUACACAGAGCUCCUCCAUAUCCUCCCUCCCAAGACUCCAUCUUCAGAAGUAUCAGUGGGCUACUUCACCUGGGCUUCGUCAGUCUACCAGGUAGCAGAGACAGGGUGGGCAGGGCCGUGCUGGAGGUCCAUGGGAACAGGCAGGCCUGGAUGUCUCCUCUGCUGUCUGCCCAGGAGGUGUGUAAAGUGCUACUUUACCUCCACUCCAUCCCCAGAAAAGAGGUCCGGGACCUGGGAAUGACAGUGGUGAUCAAUGCCAGGAAGAUGCACCCUCCCUCCCUCUUCUACAAAGCCCUAAUGAUGGUUCAGGAACAAGCCCUGAAUGCAGUCCAUAGUGUGCUGAUACUGGUGGAUAAAGACACAAGCCCUCGACCUGAAAGACACCCUGGGCUACAGAUGGAAGUGGUGACCUCUCUGAAGGCGCUGCACAAGAUGGUGGAGGGACAACAGCUGACCUCUGACCUAGGUGGGAACUUUCCCUACAGCCACACUGAUUGGCUGCAGUUUCACCAGAAACUGGUUUCCUUUGUGUCGGAGUUGCAAGGGGCAGCCCAUUUACUACAUAGAGCAAUCAAGAAAAUUGAUGGUAAUCUCAAAACGGACACCGCCCAGGAUGUUCAGCUAUCUAUUCACGAUCAGAAGACCUCAAUGAAAGAGGUGCUGCAGGAUGCCCGAUUGGUCCCUUUACAGAGAGAAGGUGGAGCCAUUCUGACCAGAAUGAGGAGGGAGGAGUUUCGAUUUACCAAGUCCGACGACUACAGGGAUGCCUUGGAGUCGGUGACGGUCCUAUAUAACCAGGUGGAGGAGAAUGUUCACACCCUGGUGAUGAAGUCCAAUGAAUCACUACAGCAUCUGGACUUCCUGCUCAAACUCAGGGAGGCGGAGUCAAAUCUUAACACGGCCAAGGCAUGGUUUGAUACAGAAGGAGAGCAAUGGCUGGUGUUCUCCAACUCCACCGAGGACACACUGGAGAGUGUGAACCAAGCCCUUCAGCGCUUUGACACCGUCCUCACUCAGGCCAAGGAGAAGAAACAGAAGACCUUGACCCUGGUGAUGGAGGUGGAGAAGAUUCUGGGUUCCACCAACUCCAACCCCGAGACUGAGGUUUUUAGGACUGUGAUGAACACGUUCAAAUCUAAUAUGGCCGACUUUAUGUUGCGCGCUGAGCAACGGCGUACCGAGCUUGACAACAUGGCACAUGUCUACCGCUUCUGUGAAGAGGCUGCUGCCCUUGCCAAGGAAUGCAGGCAAUAUCUUGAGCAGCUAGAGACGGAGCGCUAUCCUGCCAAAGCCUGUCUAAGCAUGCUUAAGACCUACGAGGAGAGAUUGGGUGACUGCUUCUCGUCCCGACACUUCCAGAAGAUCAAAGCCAAAGCCUGCAGCGUGAGAGGCUCUAGGGAGAUGAAUUUGUGGAAUUCCACCUGGAUCCAGUGCCAGGAAGUCAGCCAGCGGCUGGGGGAGAGGCUGCAGCAGCAGGGGAAUGCAGCCAACAAAUACCAGCAGCAGCUCACAACUGGCGGAGCUCAAGUGAAAGACAGGGUGUUGGAGACUUGGAAGGAGAGGGAGAAAGAGGAGGAAGACAAGGAGGUGGUUGUGGCCCCUUGCUCCCUAAAUCAAGCCUCAAACUCCCCUCCAGGGGUGGCCGAUAUGGCAAAUAACUCAGGGAGGGCCUCCGUGGAACAGAUGGAGAGCAGAGACAGCCGUGCUAGGUACAGCGCUAACAUUGCGUGUUUUAACCUCCCUUUCAAAGAGGACUUGAAAGGGAGCAAAGGAGCAUCCCAGUUGGCCAAAUCCCCAGGGAUAGAGGGGGAACUGACACCAGCGGUGCCCCAAGAUGGAGAAGGUGGACCAGGAAGGCACCACAGCGAGACGGACCUCAAAACGGGGGAUCUGGUUGCUGGGUGUGAGGCGUUCUCAUGGAAACAUGACACUUUGGUGGGAUCCCUGAGUGAGGGUUCCUGUAUCAGCUCUCCCCUGUCCUCAAAGUAUGGCUCCUCCCCCUUGUCGGCAAGACACUCCCAUAGUCAGCCCUCAGUAGUGGCCCUGCCGUCCCCCCAAAAUCCUUAUGAUAUCUCCCAUAAUGGAAGUUUCUGCUCUUGCAACUCCUGCUGUAGGACAAAUGGGGAAAGGGACACUGACAGAGAAGAUGGUGACCCCAUAGAGGUGUCUUCAGUGUCCUUCCUUGACCCCUGUGACCCGACUGGUGACAGGACCCAGAAGCUCUCAUCAUUGGCCGACACACAAGCUGAAGAUAAUGGAAACAAUGUUCUGAAGUUGCAGAGGAUCAUGGAGGAGCUCUUGUUGACUGAGAGGGAGUAUGUACGAUCUCUAGGUUACGUCCGAGAGCACUACUUCCCCGAGCUGGAGAGGCCUGACGUGCCUCAGGACCUAAGGGGCCAGAGGGGGAGCAUUUUCGGCAACCUGGAGAAGCUCCAUGACUUCCAUCGACACCACUUCCUGAAAGAGCUGGAGGGCUGCCUCCGAGAGCCCUUCAGGGUGGGACGCAGCUUCCUACGACAUAGAGAGAGCUUUGGUUUGUACGCCCUCUACAGCAAGAACAAACCCAAGUCAGACAGCUUACUUAUCGACCACGGCCAUGACUUCUUCAAGCAAAAACAGAUAGAGCUGGGCGACAAGAUGGACCUGUCAUCAUACCUGCUGAAGCCGGUGCAGCGGAUCAGCAAGUACAGCCUACUGCUGCAGGACAUGGUGAGGGAUUGCGGGCCCCACCGGGGCCGCGAGGAGACCGAAGUCAGGCGUGCCCUUGAAGUCAUCCAGUUCCAGUUGCGCCAUGGCAACAACCUGCUGGCCAUGGACGACAUACAGGACUGUGAUGUCAACCUGAAGGAGCAGGGGCAGCUGAUUCGUCAGGACGAGUUCCUGGUGUCCUUCAGGAAGAAGAAGUGUUUCCGCCACAUCUUCCUCUUCCAGGACCUCGUCCUCUUCAGCAAGACCAAGUGGACUGAUGUGGGCAAUGACACUUAUGUCUACAAACAGUCAUUUAAGACCUCUGACAUUGGGAUGACCCAUAACUCGGGGGACAGCGGGCUGUGCUUUGAGAUCUGGUUCCGAAGGAGGAAGUCCCAGGACACGUACACGCUGCAGGCCGGCAACAGUGAGGUGAAGGAUGCCUGGACCAAAGACCUUGAGCGCAUCCUCUGGGAGCAGGCUGUACACAAUAGAGAGAUUCGUAUGCAGGAGAGGGUGUUCAUGGGUAUCGGGAACAAGCCCUUCAUGGACAUCCAGCCUAGCGAUGCAGCCAUCAACGACAGGGCAGUCAAUUGUGCUCUGAUGGGAAGAGAAUCCAAGGCGUUGGCCUCCUCGGGGACGUCUAGCUCGCAGGGCGGGUGUCCUGUGCUGCGGCCUAACUCCAUUGGCUCGGGGAGCUGUUCGUCGUCUUCCGGCAGCCACUCCUCUUCGUCCUCUGGGAGAGGGUCCCUGUCGUCCGCCGUGGAGGGGUACCUGUGUGGCCCGAAGCGGAGGGGGGCGGGGGGUCCCGGGGGGUACUCCCCGUCCCCUGGGGUCCUGGAGGAGGAUGACAUGGACCAGGAGAGCGGAAGUCAGAAUCUACUGAUGAACAGCUCAGAGUCUUCAGGAGGGAGCGUGAGCGGCUUCAGCAGCUCCAGCCACAGCUGUCACUCCGCAAUUGGUAGAGAGGCGGAGGACGUCUCCUCCGUGUGCGCCUCCGUCGUCAGCCUGAAGGAGGUGCUAGCCCACAGACCCGAAGCCAACCUCCACAAGGCCAAGAGUCCCACCCGUUCCACAGAGAAAACCACCUCGCCCUCGCUCCCACGCAGACCACCAGCCAUGACCAAGGAUCCACCUAAGGUUCAAAAUGGGGCCAUUGGAAAGUCAACUGAGGUUUGAGCUCUGAGUUUGAAUUGGACCUAUCGACAACAGAAGGACACCAUGAACUGUGUCACUGUAUAAAAGGGACUAUCAUAUGACUCUUAUGUGACAGUUACUGUACUCUACUUUUUCUAUUCUUUUUUUAUCUGACCAUUAAAAUGUGCUGUAUUUCACAUAUGUUCUUAUAUUGUUUUGCAACUUAAACAUCUGCGUCUGAAUUGUGUUUGCGUUGUGUAAGACAAGUACAUUCAACAUGUAAUUAACCUUAAUGUUAUCUCAGAUUCAAUAGAUUACAAUACAAUACGGUCCCUCUUUAAACAAUCUACAACUUAGCCUUUAUGUAACACAUUACAUUACUUUUCCUAUUUGGGGCCUUUCCUUAAGACUAGCAAUGUCACAUGUAAUGUCAUCAUAUGCAUUGUACAAUGUCACCCUAAAUAAAGCACAGCUUUUUAGGGGAUUGACAAAAUAAGUUAUAGUGAAUUGCAAAAUAUGACAAAGAAAUUGUUGCACGUACCUGUCCUUGAGCGUGCUCUGACCUGGAGCGAUAGGUGUGAAUGUCAUGCCAGGCCAAGAGAAUGUUUUCUGCCAAGCUAAACCAAUAACACAUGAUCUCAGUAAACUGUGCCGGUAACCUUUUCAUAAAUACAGUGGUGAAUCAACCAAUAAAUCAACUUCAACUCUCUUUUUAUGUAUACUGAAAAAAAAUAUAAACGCAAUAUGUAAACUGUUGGUGCCAUGUUUCAUCAGCUGAAGUAAAUGAUCACAGAGAUUUUCCAUACGCACUAAAGCUUAUUUCUCUCGGAUUUUGUGCACAAAUGUGUUUACAGUCCUGUUAGUGAGCAUUUCUCUUUUUCCAAUAUAAUCCAUCCACCUGACAGGUGUGUGAUAUCAAGAAGCUGAUUAAACAGAAGUAUCAUUACACAGGUGCACCUUAUGCUGGGGACAAUAAAAGGCCACUCUAAAAUGUGCAGUUUUGUCACACAACACAAUGCCACCGAUGUCUCAAGUUAUGAUGGAGCAUCCAGUUGGCAUGCUGACUGCAGGAAUGUCCACCAGAGCUGAUGCCAGAGAAUUUCCCUACCAUAAGCCGCCUCCAAAAUCGUUUUAGAGCAUUUGGCAGUACGUCCAACUGGCAUCACAACCGCAGACCACGUAUCCACUUACAGCCCAGGACCUCCACAUCCGGCUUCUUCACCUGCGGUAUCGGCUGAGGCCAAUCACCCGGACAGCUUUCUUCACCUGCGGUAUCGGCUGAGGCCAAUCACCCGGACAGCUGAGGAGUUUUUCUGUGUGUAAUAAAGCCCUUUUGUGGGGAAUAACCCAUUCUGAUUGGCUGGGCCAGCUCCCCAGUGGGUGGGCCUGGCUCCCAAGUGGGUGGGCCUAUGCCCUCCCAGGCACACCCAAGGCUAGGCCCAUGCUCAGUCAUGUGAAAUCCAUAGAUUAGGGCCGAAUCAAUUGGUUUCAAUUGACUGAUUUCUUUAUAUGAACUGUAACUCGUUGAAAAUGUUGCAUGUUGCAUUUAUAUUUUUGUUCAGUAUAGAUAUGUUUUUUUAAUGUUUUUUUUUUACAUAUGCUCUUAUUACAUGAAAUAUGCAGUUCUGGCAUUACAUUACAUUUACACCUGCCAUGCUUCAGACCAGAACUACACCCUAGGUAUGGUGCAUCACGUGUAAUAACAAUAUUACAAUAGCCAAAACUUGCUAACUAAUUUAAGCAAUUUGAUCGACAAACAUUGUUGUAUCAAAUGUGCAAGACCAAACAUCUUUUAACAGCAGAACCAUACAUUGGUUCCAUGCCUUCCAUUCAGUAGGAAAGCCAUGACAAAAUCUGUCCAUGAUUUUUAAAUGUCAUGUUGAAGAGAGCUUAUCAACUAAAUUAAAUUAACGUUAACUGGUGCUUCCUCGUAAUGUGUUUUAUUGGAUUUUACUAGUACAAUUAUAAGCACAGUAUUGCACUGUUAUGACAGUAUGGCUAGCCUCGUAACAAGUUCAUAAGGCUGUCCGAGACUAAUGAGCCUUUCUCACUUUGAUUCCUCAACAUUAACAUCUUUUUACUCUUAUUUCCAUGUUGUUAGCUACGUUUUAUGUAUUAAAUUAUGAAACUGGUCAAAAUAUUUA